AUGGCGGAUGGCCCCAGGUGUAAGCGCAGAAAGCAGGCGAACCCGCGGCGCAAUAACGUUACAAACUAUAAUACUGUGGUAGAAACAAAUUCAGAUUCAGACGAUGAAGACAAACUCCAUAUUGUGGAAGAAGAAAGUAUUACGGAUGCAGCAGAUUGUGAAGGUGGUGUGCCAGAAGAUGACCUGCCAGCAGACCAGACAGUGUUACCCGGGAGCAGUGCAAGAGAAGGGAGCGCCAAGAGCUGCUGGGAGGACAAUGCAGGGAAGGAAGGACAAGAAAUCCUGGGGCCUGAAGCCCGGGCCGAGGAAGUGGGAUGUACAGUAAAAGAUGACGAAUGCGACUCAGAUGCAGAAAAUGAACAAAACCAUGAUCCUAAUGUUGAAGAGUUUCUGCAACAACAAGAUACGGCUGUCAUCUACCCUGAGGCACCUGAAGAGGACCAGAGGCAGGGCACGCCAGAGGCCAGCGGGCACGAUGAAAAUGGGACGCCAGAUGCAUUUUCCCAGUUACUCACCUGCCCUUAUUGUGACAGAGGAUAUAAGCGCUUUACCUCUUUGAAAGAACACAUUAAAUAUCGCCACGAGAAGAACGAAGAUAACUUCAGCUGCUCCCUGUGCAGUUACACCUUUGCAUACAGAACCCAACUUGAACGUCACAUGACCUCCCAUAAAUCAGGAAGAGAUCAGAGACAUGUGACGCAGUCUGGGGGUAAUCGUAAAUUCAAGUGCACUGAGUGUGGAAAAGCUUUCAAAUACAAACACCAUCUCAAAGAGCACUUAAGAAUCCACAGUGGAGAGAAGCCAUAUGAAUGCCCAAACUGCAAGAAACGUUUUUCCCAUUCUGGUUCCUACAGCUCCCACAUCAGCAGUAAGAAGUGCAUCAGCCUGAUGCCUGUGAACGGGCGACCCAGAGCAGGGCUCAAGACCUCGCAGUGUUCCUCCCCUUCCCUCUCGGCAUCCCCGGGCAGUCCCACCCGACCACAGAUACGGCAAAAGCUAGAGAAUAAACCCCUUCAAGAACAACUUUCCGUAAACCAAAUUAAAACUGAACCUGUGGAUUAUGAAUUCAAACCCAUAGUGGUUGCUUCAGGAAUCAACUGUUCAACCCCAUUACAAAACGGGGUUUUUAGUGGUGGUGGCCCCUUACAGGCAACCAACUCUCCUCAGGGUGUGGUGCAGGCCGUUGUUCUGCCGACAGUGGGUUUGGUGUCUCCCAUAAGUAUCAAUUUAAGUGAUAUUCAGAAUGUACUUAAAGUGGCAGUAGAUGGUAAUGUAAUAAGGCAAGUUUUGGAGAAUAAUCAAGCCAAUCUUGCAUCCAAAGAACAAGAAACAAUCAAUGCUUCAUCCAUUCAGCAAGGUGGCCAUUCUGUUAUUUCAGCCAUCAGUCUUCCUUUGGUUGAUCAAGAUGGAACAACCAAAAUUAUCAUUAACUACAGUCUUGAACAGCCUAGCCAACUUCAAGUUGUUCCUCAGAAUUUAAAAAAAGAAACUCCAGUCCCCACAAACAGUUGCAAAAGUGAAAAGUUACCAGAAGAUCUUACUGUUAAAUCUGAGAAGGACAAAAGCUUUGAGGGAGGAGGAAGGAACGACAGCACCUGCCUUCUGUGUGACGACCGCCCAGGGGACGCCAGCGCACUGGCAGAGCUGAAGCACUGUGACCUGAGGCAGCCCGCCCAGCCCCCGCCACUCCCAGCCCCGGAGGCUGACAAGCCCGAGGCCUCGGACCCCUCGGGCUCCGGAGAGGGCGGUUUGUCCCCGAGUCGGCCACCUCUAAAGAACCUCUUGUCUCUUCUCAAGGCAUAUUAUGCUCUGAACGCUCAGCCAAGUGCAGAGGAGCUCUCCAAAAUUGCCGACUCAGUGAACCUUCCACUGGACGUAGUGAAAAAGUGGUUUGAAAAGAUGCAGGCCGGACAGGUUUCCGUGCAGCCUUCUGAACCGUCUUCUCCUGAACCGGGCAGAGCCAACCUCCCUGCAAAGAGCGACGAUCAGCCUCCACCACCAGAUGCAGACGAACCCCAGGACAGCACGGGACACCAACAGAGUCCACUGAAGAUAACCAGCUCCCCCGUUUUACCAGUGGGGUCAGCCGUCAAUGGCUCCAGAAGUAGUAUCCCCCCCUCCCCUCUCAACCUUUCCUCAUCCAGAAACACACAGGGUUACUUGUACACGGCAGAGGGCGCAGCCGAAGAGCCCCAAGUAGAACCUCUGGAUCUUUCACUACCAAAGCAGCAGGGAGAGUUACUGGAGAGGUCCACUAUCACUAGUGUUUACCAGAACAGUGUUUAUUCUGUCCAGGAGGAGCCCUUGAACUUGUCUUGUGCAAAAAAGGAGCCACAAAAGGACAGUUGUGGUACAGACUCAGAACCAGUUGUAAAUGUAAUCCCACCAAGUGCCAACCCCAUAAACAUUGCUAUACCUACAGUCACUGCCCAGUUACCCACCAUCGUGGCCAUUGCCGGCCAGAACAGUGUCCCGUGCUUGCGAGCGCUAGCUGCCAACAAGCAGGCCGUCCUCAUCCCCCAGGUGGCAUACACAUACUCGACGGCCGUCAGCCCCGCGGUCCAGGACGCACCCCUGAAAGUGAUCCCGCCAAAUGGAAAUCAGGAUGAAAGGCAAGACACCAGCUCGGAAGGAGUAUCCAACGUGGAGGAGCAGAAUGACUCGGAUUCCACACCACCCAAAAAGAAGAUGCGAAAGACAGAAAACGGAAUGUAUGCCUGCGAUUUGUGUGACAAGAUUUUCCAAAAGAGUAGCUCACUGUUGAGACAUAAAUAUGAACACACAGGUAAAAGACCUCAUGAGUGUGGCAUCUGCAAAAAGGCCUUCAAACACAAGCAUCACUUGAUCGAACACAUGCGCUUGCAUUCUGGAGAGAAGCCCUACCAAUGUGACAAGUGCGGGAAGCGCUUCUCGCACUCGGGCUCCUACUCCCAGCACAUGAACCACCGCUACUCCUACUGCAAGCGGGAGGCAGAGGAGCGGGACGCAGGCCCCGAGGACGCAGGCCCGGGCCUGGCCGAGCACGAGCACGCGGGGGCCCGCGCAUCCCCAUCACAGGGCGACUCGGACGAGAGGGAGAGCUCGACGCGGGAAGAGGAUGAAGACAGCGACAAGGAGGAAGAGGAGGAGGAGAGAGAGAUGGAGGAACUGCAGGAGGAAAAGGGAAGUGGAGAACCCGGAGGAGAGGAGGAGGAGGAGGAGGAAGAGGAAGAGGAGAUGGAGGAGGAGGAGGAGCAGGAGACGGAGGAGCAGGAGGAGGGAGGCAGAGCCAAGACCGCAGGUGCGACAGCGGAGAGGGAAGGCGCUGGAAGUCCAGAGAGCAGCCUAGAACACAAAGUGAGCGAGGGUAGUGAGCAGGUGUCGGAAGAAAAGACAAAUGAAGCCUAAUAGUUUUUCUAGAAAGAAAAAAAUUCUAAUUGGUAAUGAAGUUUGUUCUAUAUUAUACAUGCUUUUCAAGGAAACGCAGUAACCUGUAUACUGUGAUUUCUGUUCACUACUGUGUAAAGUAAAAAUUAAAAAAAAUACAAAAUACAAAAAAAAAAAAAAAAAAAACCACACAAAAAAAAAAUCCGGGUGUGCCUGAACCUCAGACCUAGUAAUUUUUCAUGCAUUUUUCAAGUUAGGAACAAGUUUGUAACAUGAAGCAGAUUAGAAAACUUAAUGACUCCGAAAGCAAAGAUUUAACAGGUGAAAGGAAACCAAUAUAAUUAGAUAAGCAUCUGGUGUCGUUUCACUUUAUCAGUAUUAAUUAUCACUCUUAUGUUGGUUUAUUCUUAAGCUGUACAAUUGGGAGAAAUUUUAUAAUUUUUUAUUGGUAAACAUAGGCUAAAUCCGCUUCAGUAUUUUAUUAUGUUUUUUAAAAUGUGAGAACUUCUGCACUACAAAAUUCCCUUCACAGAGAACUAUAAUGCAGUUCCAAACCGUGCUAACUACCUUUUAUAAAUUCAACCUAGAAGGUAGUCAUUUCUCAUAUUUAGAUGUCAUAGUAGAGUGUGUUCUCAUUGAAAGUGUAUUGUUAGCCUUAAGAAAGCAGCCGAGAGCAGAACUGAAGUUUCCCUCAUGUGGUUUCAAGUGGGGUUGAAGAGACUGUCGUUGAGUUCUGAGUGCAGGGACGAACAGUGUUAAUACUGGGGAGGGCAGCAGAGUCGUCAGAAUCAGUGUUUGUGAUUGUGUCUGAGUAUGUGGUAAACAAAUAUGAAGGAUGUGAUAGGAAAGCUUUGUCUCUCCUUUGGCCUUAAGCAAGACCCGUGUGCUGUAAGUGCCAUUUAUCAGUAUUUUCAAGGCUCUGACCAGCCGUCGCUAACGUGUGGCCUACAAUAACUAGCAUUUGUUGAUUUGUUUGUUGUACCGAAAUUCAAAAAUAAAAUGUAAAACCACUGACUCUGUCAGAGAAGCCAAACACAGGGACAUUUUCAUCCUUUAAUUCCUCAAGAUUCAUUUUGCGUUAAUUGACUUCCAGAAUUUCUCUACCGAAAUGAAAGGGAAAUUUUCUAAUCUGCUUUAUCCAUGUACUUGCAUUUCAGACAUGGACAUGCCAUUGUUAUUUGGCUCAUAACUGUUUCCAAAUGUUAGUUAUUAUGGACCCAGUUUAUUAACAACAUUAGCUGAUUUUUACCUAUCAGUAUUAUUUUAUUUCUUUUAGUUUAUAGAUCUGUGCAACAUUUUUGUACUGUAUGUCUUCAAACCUGGCAGUAUUAAUACCCUUCUUACUGACAUAUGUACUUUUAGUUUUAGAAAACUUUUAUAUUUAUGUGUCUUAUUUUUAUAUUUCUUUAUUUAUUACACAGUGUAGUGUAUAAUACUGUAGUUUGUAUUAAUACAAUAAUAUAUUUUAGUAUGAAAAUUUGGAAAGUUGAUAAGAUUUAAAGUAGAGAUGCAAUUGGUUUUCUUGCAUUGAGAUUUGAUUUAACAGUGUUAUGUUAACAUUUAUACUUGCCUUGGACUGUAGAACAGAAUUUAAAUGGGAAUGUAUUAGUUUUACAACUACAAUCAAGUCAUUUUACCUUUACCCAGUUUUUAAUAUAAAACUCUUAAAUUUUGAAAUUCACUGUGUGACUAAUAGCAUGAUGCUCUGUGGUUUUAUUAAAAAUUAGCCUAACCAUAAAACUCUCAUUUCCUUAUUAGCAAGCCAAAUUAGGAUAACCUUAUAUAAACAGUGUUGGGAACAACGUUUUAACAUUUUGUGCCAAUUUGUUCCUGUAUUCAUGUAUGUAAGUUACAAAUCUGACUCUUCAUUUUUAAGUUCCUUGUUACACCAUGGUCAUUUUCUAGUUUUUUACCAGACUCCCCCAUCUCACAAUAAAAUGCAUCAACAAGCCUGA